AUGGAAACGCGAUCACGGACUGUACACUUUCAUGAACAGCUCAUCGUCAUGGAUAAGGACAGCACGGAAUCAGGUCUCACAUGGCAGGUGAGGGCCAAUCAGCGUGACUACCACAAGAGGCAGAUGAAGAAAUCCUUCCUGGGCUUCCGGUGGGGCCGCUGCUCGGACAAUCAAGUACGCAGCUACAAAUACACAGCUCUCACUUUCCUGCCGAUGAAUCUGUUUGAGCAGUUCCAGCGAGCCGCCAAUCUCUACUUCCUCUUCAUGAUGGUGUUGCAGUGCGUCCCCAUCAUUUCAUCAGUCCAAUGGUACAUCUCCAUCAUCCCGAUGAUACUCAUCCUCUCCGUGAGAGGAGCGAAGGACCUCAUUAAUGACAUGGCAAGGAGACGUAGCGACUCGGAGGUCAACUCGCGACCGUGUGACGUGCUCAUCUCCCAGAGAUUCAUAACAGCGCAGUGGAAAGAUGUGUGCGUGGGAGAUAUCGUGCGCAUCCACAAAGACCAAACCGUCCCCGCAGAUGUUGUGCUCCUAUGCAGCUCUGAGCCUCACAGUCUCUCCUAUGUGGAAACAGCUGACAUUGAUGGAGAGACAAACCUGAAGUUCCGACAGGCUCUCCGUGUGACGCACGAAAAGUUGACGACAGAACCUUCAGAGUGUACUCUUGCCAGCUUUGAUGGUGUGGUGUUCUGCGAGGAACCCAACGAUGGCUUGCAUGUCUUUAGAGGGCGGCUACACUGGAAAGGGGAACGUUUCCUACUGGACAACGAGCACCUCCUCCUGAGGGGUACCGUCUUACGUAACACGUUGAUCGCCUACGGUUUGGUCAUCUAUGCUGGUGCCGACACGAAGAUCCUGAGGAACUGCGGGAAAGUGCGGGCCAAGAGAACUCGCUUGGAGAACAUUCUUAACAGAGCAGUGAUUGGAAUUGUGGUGUUUUUGUUGGUGGUUGUGCUUCUUCUGGCCAUCGGCUGUGGGGUGUUUACACACCGGGUCAUGAUCCGCACAGAGUUUCUUUCUCCUCUGGUCAUCAAUGGUGACCCGGUCUACGCGGGCUUUCUGGUCUACUGGAGCUACUUCAUGCUGCUUGGCCCGGCCGUGCCCAUCAUGCUCUAUGUCACGUUUGAGAUGAUCCAUACGUACCACAGCAAGUUUAUUAAUUGGGAUUUGGAGAUGUACUGGGAUCAGACGGACUCCCCAGCACAGGCCCGAAGUACUUCCUUGUGUGAGGAGUUGGGCCAAGUAGAAUACCUGCUGAGCGACAAAACUGGAACGUUAACCCAAAAUCGUCUGCUCUUCAGGCAAUGCUGCAUUGCUGGGGAGAUCUACGGUAUAGAUUCACAUUUUUCUACAGGGACUACUGAAAUUUUUCUGAUGGACCUCUCCUGGAAUCCGUACUCCCGUGGUGGUCUGUUCAUGUUUGCUCCCACCUUGGUAGAACGUGUCCGAGCACAACAGUGUCCGACUGUCAUCCAAUUCUUCACAGCACUGACGGUGUGUCACACUGUCAUGGCCCAGUGGAAAGAAGAUGCUCCAGUUUACCAAGCAUCAUCUCCCGAUGAGGAAGCUCUCGUUGGCACCGCCAGAGAGCUGGGCUGGGUCUUCCUUUCCAGAACCAGAGACGUAAUAAACGUCUCCGAAAUGGGUGUCACACGUCACUAUAAGCUACUAGCAUUACUUGACUUCACCAGCCAUAGAAGACGGAUGUCGGUUUUGGUCCGGGAGCCGGAGGGGGCUUUAAAACUCUACUGCAAGGGAGCUGACAUAGUGAUACUGGAGAGGCUGCAGAGGGACUGUCCACAUCAGGAAAGCACUGAACAAGCCCUAGAGCUGUUUUCCCGGUCUUGUCUGAGGACCUUGUGCAUUGCCGUUCGAUCGGUUUCGGAGAUGUCAUGGAAUCAGUGGAGCAAAACUAUGGCUCAGGCUGCUACCAUGGCGACCUUCGACCGCAACGCCUUGCUGGAGACGCUUUAUGAUGAGAUGGAGCAAGAUCUCCAACUUCUAGGGGUUACAGCGAUAGAGGAUCGACUCCAAGAAGGCGUUCCUGAGACGAUUUCUCUCCUUCAACAAGCUGGGAUUAAAGUAUGGGUUCUUACAGGAGACAAAAAAGAAACGGCUAUCAACAUUGGAUAUGCAUGUAAACUACUGGAUCCCGAUACAAGAUUACUGGACUGGCAGGAGUUGAGGUCAGUCACAGAAUUUGACCAAAGACCAGAAUGGGCUGCCAAAUUCAUGGGCAUUGCACAACAAUGUCAGACGGUGUUGUGCUGCCGGGUAACACCUGGCCAGAAGGCAGACAUAGUUACUUUGGUCAGGAAGCACACAAGUUCCAUUACUUUGUCCAUCGGAGAUGGUGCAAAUGAUGUAAACAUGAUCAAAACUGCCCACGUCGGUGUUGGAUUGGCAGGAGUGGAAGGAGGUCAAGCUGUGCAGAAUGCUGACUUUUCCCUAUCCAGGUUCCGAUUUCUGCAAAGGCUGUUGCUGGUUCACGGACGCUGGUCAUACCGACGAAUAUCCCUCUUCCUGUGCUACUUCCUCUUUAAGACCUGUAGCUUUACACUAGUGCACCUGUGGUUUGGCAUCUUCAAUGGUUGCAGUGCUCAGUCUUUGUAUGAGACAUGGUUCAUCGCAUUUUACACUGCCUUCUACACAUCAUUCCAGAUUAUGUUUGUGGCUUUCUUUGAAAAGGACGUGAGUGCAGAGAACAGCCUGAGGUGGCCUGAACUGUACCAGUGUGGGCAGAGGCAGGAGCUUUCCAAUCCCCUAAUGUUGUUCGCGUCACUUGUGUACGCCCUCUAUGCUUCACUUGUUCUCUUCUUCAUACCCUGUGGAGUCUACUACAACACUGCCAUCGACUACCAGACCAUGGCGGUCACUGUGUCCAUGGCAGCCGUAUUUACUGCCAACAUAGAGGUCAGAGUCGCACACGUAGAAUAG